AUGGCGGCGCGCUUCGAGCUGAGCCACGCCGCCUGCGGCGCCAACCGGGCCGGGGCCGGGGCGGUGGCCUGGGGGCGGGGCGGGCUGGUGGCCUUCGGCUCCUGCCGCUCCGUGGUCCUCUACGACCCGCAGAAAAGAAAAGUAGUUGGUACAUUGAAUGGUCACACUGGGAGAGUAAAUUGUGUUCAAUGGAUUUACAGAAACAACGGCUGUCAAGAGACAGAAUUGAUUUCUGGAGGAUCUGACAAAUGUCUUAUUCUCUGGGAAACACGAAGCGGGGAGCUUGUAAACAACACUCGCCUUGAAGGCCACACAGAAGCAGUUUGCGCUUUAGAUGUUGUUUCCUUGGCGAAUGAGUCUUCUGCAGAGUCAACUUUACUUGUAGCUUCUGCUGGUUCUGACUCUACAGUACGAAUCUGGUCAAGGCAUGGAAUGGAAGUGGAAUGCCUUCAGACCCUGCAGUUUGGCCAUGGAUUUGUUCUGGAUGUUUCUUUGUCCUUGCUGCCGGGCAGUGACGUGCCAAUCCUGGCCUGUGGGGGUGACGACUGCCGAAUUCAUCUGUACACCCAGCAGGAUGGGCAGUUUCAGAAACAGUUGGUACUCCGGGGGCAUGAAGACUGGAUAAGAGGGGUCGAGUGGGCAGUUUGUGAUGGCGAUCUCUUCUUGGCAAGCUGUGCUCAGGAUUGCCUGAUAAGAAUCUGGAAGAUUCAUGCAACUUCGCCACCACUUCUGGAAACUGGAGAAGAUAAUGCUAUUGGGCUGAAGGAGAACAUUUUCACUAUGAAAGAUAAUGGAGGUAUGGACACCUCCUUUGCUGUGACGUUGGAUUCUGUGUUAGCUGGACAUGAAAACUGGGUCUAUGCAGUUCAUUGGCAGCCUUCGUUUGUCACAGAUGACAGGAGAGAACAGCCAAUGAGAUUGCUUUCUGCUUCGAUGGACAAAACCGUCAUCCUGUGGGCUCCAGAUGAAGAAUCUGGGGUGUGGUUAGAACAGGUCCGAGUUGGAGAAGUGGGGGGAAAUACGCUGGGUUUUUUUGACUGUUGCUUCAGCCCAGAUGGCACAAUGGUUCUCGCUCAUGCUUUUCAUGGAGCCCUGCAUCUUUGGAAACAGACGUCUGUGAACAAGCGAGAGUGGACUCCAGAAGUGGUGAUUACAGGGCAUUUCAGUAGUGUACAAGACGUGAGCUGGGACCCAGAGGGAGAAUUUGUCAUUACUGUUGGUUCUGAUCAAACAACAAGAAUCUUUGCUCCGUGGAAAAGAGGGAACCAACCAGAGGUAACGUGGCAUGAAGUGGCAAGGCCUCAGAUCCACGGGUAUGACAUGCAGUGCUUAGCCAUGAUUGGGCGAUUUCAGUUUGUCUCUGGAGCCGAUGAGAAAGUACUUCGAGUGUUUACUGCGCCUAGAAAUUUUAUGGAAAACUUCAGCAGCAUUUCUGGUGUCUCUCUGGAGAAGCUGUAUUUUGGUCAAAUGAUUGAUCUUGCAGAAGGUGCCACUGUUCCAGCCUUGGGCUUGUCCAAUAAAGCUGUCUUUCAAGAGGACACAGCAGUUCAGACGACGGAAGAGGAGGAAAAUGUGAAUCCUUCCAGUCAGUAUUGUGAGAAUUACUUUCAGCCACGUAGCCUUACAGAACCUCCCACGGAAGAUCAUCUCUUGCAGAACACGCUAUGGCCUGAAGUCCAAAAACUGUAA